AGUAUUCACAGCAGAUACAUAGAUGGAGGAAGAUGACCCAAAAUCCUCCUGCGACAUAAGUUCUGAAUACUACCGUCUUUACUUCAAGGGUUUGAUCAAUGAGGAAACAACUACGGUUUUGGCCGGAUUUGGAGUUGCCAUCUGCGACAAAGAAAACAAUCUGUUGUUUCAGAUGAAGGGUCCACUACACGGCUCGGCCAUCACAGAUUUGGAGGCUGAGCUUAUGGCAUUGAGGCGAGGACUAACUGAAGCUGUCAUGGGGAGAUACGUGCUUGAGGAAGAUAACAUUGUCUUGCUAAUGGAUGAUGUGCAACGCAUCAGACAACAAUUGGCGUCUAGUAUCCCUGUUCUGGUGAACGAAGAUCAAACUAAG